UGCUGGUGCACAUAAAAAACCUCAACUGGCAAGUAGACUCUGUAAGUUUGAGAAAGGCGGUCGUGGUAUCAUGGCAACUGAAGACUUGAACCCUGCCCUGGUGCCUGAUGACGAGGUCGUGGAUGACUGGGACUCCUCAAUUGGUGAUGUUGCCGAAUCUUCAACCCAAAGCUUGUCAAGCUCCAUUCUCGACUACCGUCGCGAAAACGGACGGACGUACCACCGAUUCAAAGAAGGAAAGUACAGUCUUCCCAACGACGCCCAGGAAAACGAGAGGCUAGAUCUACAGCAUCAUCUUUUCCUUCUCACGUUCCACAACAAACUGGGCCUAUCGCCGCCAAACGACUCCGAAUGGAAAGCCAAGCGAGUAUUGGACUUGGGCACUGGCACAGGAAUCUGGGCUAUGGACUACGGAGAUGAGCAUCCAGAGUCAACAGUCGUCGGAGUCGAUCUGUCGCCCAUUCAACCGGACUUUGUUCCACCGAAUGUCGAGUUUCACAUUGACGACAUUGAUGAGGAAUGGACAUACUCCCAGCCGUUUGACUAUAUCCAUAGCAGGAUGAUGAACUUUAGCAUCCAGGACUGGCCAGAGUAUCUCCGCAAAAUCUACGACAAUUUGACACCUGGCGGCUACGUUGAGCUGCAAGAAGUAGGAGUCUUCGCCAUGUCCGACGAUGGGACCCUCAAGGAUGACCACGACUUGGCGAAGUGCUUCAAGCUCCUGGAUGAAGCAUCCAUCAAGCACGGCCGCGCAUAUCAUGCUAUUGACAAGUUUAAAGAAACCAUGAUUGAGGCCGGGUUCGUCGAUGUUGUUGAGUCACGGUUUCUAUGGCCAACGAACGCCUGGCCAAAGGACAAGAAACACAAGGAGCUUGGAAUAUGGAACAACGAGAACAUGUCGAUUGCUCUAGAAUCACUUACCAUGGCGGCCUUCACAAGGGCCCAUGGUUGGACUCGCGACGAGGUGACUCUAUUUUUAAGUGGAGUGAGGAAGGACAUGAACAACCCGAGUAUCCAUGCGUACUGGCCGAUCUACGCAAUCUACGGAAGGAGACCCGAGGCUUAAGCUCGCGAGUAGGGAUACACCCCAGGUAGUGGCUCCUUAGCAAAAUAUCUCGAAUUCGGAUUCCAUUUCAACGCCUAAAACACCAAUUGGCUUAAACAGUCUCUUGGAAGUUAUCUAAAAUGUCCGAUUCUGCAAUUCGGGAGAGGCAUGUUACUCAUGUUUGCCGUGGAACAAUCUAGGCACCACUCUUACGGCGUAUAUUGUAAAAGGGUGCUAUUCGCACACACUCAAAAUACUACUCGCACACUUAAGUAUAUAGGCUAAUUUCACUAAGUCUUAAU